AAUCUUUAUUUUAACUUUGUAGAAAAAGAGUUUCAUUUGAUGGCAGAAGUCACUAUAUAGUACUUGUUACUGCUUUUCCAUUUGAAUAUUUACAAAAUUUGUUUUCCUGAAUUUGAGAUAUAACAACAAUGGUGAAGCAUUCAACAUUUUCAGAUGUAUUUAAUUUUACAUGGAAUCAAGUAGCUAUAGGAUUAUGGCAACGUUAUCCUAAUGUUUACAGUAAACAUGUAUUGUCAGAAGAUGUGAUAUCCAGAAAAAUAAUAAAUGGUAAACUUCAUACAAAACGUUUAUUUACUAAAACAAAUCCUAUGCCUAAAGCUGGUGAAAAGUUUAUAACGGCCAGAAAUGUUUAUAUAAUAGAAGAGUCAAUUGUGGAUCCUAAGGAUAAAACGUUUGUUACUUAUACUAGAAAUGUGGGAAUGCAGAAAUAUGUGACAAUAGAAGAGAAAUGUUUUUAUCAACCAGAUAUUACAGAUAAAUCACUUACAGUUUGUAACAGAUGGGCCUUUAUUUCAUCAUCAUUCUUUGGACUAGGCCGUGUUAUUCAAACUUUCUGUACUCAGAGAUUUAAACAAAAUGUUAAGAAAUCAAUGAAGGGACUAAAUGAAACCAUGGACAAAUUGUUUAACCCAGAAGCAAACCAACAUAAUGAAUGUAGAAAGGAAAAAUUCAAGGAGAAAGCGAAAGCUGCAGUUGAAAAGGCUAAGAUUAAAACAUCCAAACAGAUGUGCUAAUUUUUUGAUGGAAUAUGACAUUGUACAUGUAUGCAAGCCUGGAUAGUGGAUAUAAUGUGCCAGUCAUUUACUUGAAACCUCUCAACUUUGUAUGGAACUUCUCCUCAUAUGCAUACCUUCAAUCAAUAUGAAAGUGCUCAUUUGUAAAAUAAGGGGUGUUUUUUGUAGUCUGUUAAAUUAUAUCCAGCCUAGAUAGUAUGACACAUUUACUUUAUAUUUUAAUAUGAUCUGCUGUAAGAGAAUGUUUGACAAUCUAAUGGAUUAGUUGUUAUAUUAGAACUGGUUUUAGGUGGUAUAAUUAUGAUAUUUUUAUAUAAAAAUUAUAACCCAGUUACUCAUGAUUUUAUGUUUUUUUCCAAAAUACAACAUGAUCAUAGUAAAAGCUUUUUAUACGCAU